AUGUGCAACCCAUUUGGCCCCGAUCACAGUGCGAAAAACCUAGAUCCCCUCAUCAUCGACCUCCUUCGUCGCCUGCAGAACAAUCCGAAUCUGGUCAAUUCCCAAAAUAGUCAUUUCCUGACCGGGAGUCCAACACGAGCUCCCUCACAUUCGGGAACUAGGUCGCUGCAAAAGAAAGCUAUGAAGGGGUACGAGAGCGCUCUCUACUGCAACUACUUCCUCAACUACCCCUUCCAGCCCGAAUCAUACUGUCCCCAGUGCGAUGGUGUUCCACACGAGCUGCCAAAGCCUCGUGCCCGGGCACUUUCUGGCGUGAAAGGAGAGGAUGAGACGGGCCGAUGGGCCCGGGAUCUGGAUAUUAUCCCUUAA